AUGGAUGUUGAACAAGAGGCUGGUGGCGCCAGUCACCUCCUCCCACCAACACCUCCACCCACCAACACCUCCUCCCACCAACACCUGCUCCCACCAACACCUCCUCCCACCAACACCUCCACCCACCAACACCUCCUCCCACCAACACCUCCACCCACCAACACCUCCUCCCACCAACACCUCCUCCCACCAACACCUCCUCCCACCAACACCUCCACCCACCAACACCUCCUCCAACCAACACCUCCUCCCACCAACCAAUACCUCCUUCCACUAACACCUCCUCCCACCAACACCUCCUCUAAAUGA